AUGACUACUCAUCAUCGUCAAUUAACAACAGAUCUUAAUUCUCAUUUAACAAAAAUAUCUUUACCAUAUCAAUGUCGUAAAUUAUUAUUAUCAUAUGGUAUAUGGAAUUCAUCAUUAAAUAUGAUUGAAAUAAUUCAUCAACAUCGUUCAGCUGCAAAAUGUUUUUUAUCAAUGGGUAUUAUGAAAAAUUCUAAAUUAUAUCUUUAUCCUGAAGAAGCAAUAUUUAUGAUGCAAUGUUCAUUAUUACAAGUAUCAAUAAAUAAUAUCAAUGAAAAACAAAUUUUUCCUCUAUCACUUAAUGAAGCUUAUUCAUUAUGGUUUAAACAAUCAUUAUUAACUCUUAAACAUUUACAUGUUUAUCAAUAUUUAACAAGAAUUGGAUUUAUUUUAAUUCGACAUCGAUCACAUGGAACAAUGAUCGAAACGAAAGAAGAUUUAUCAAAUAAAAAAACAAGUAGCAUUAAACGAAAGCGAGAUGAAUAUGAACAUGAAUCAAUUGAAUCUUCUGAAAACGAUAUUCAAGAUGAAAACUACAUUUGUCCGAUUCAUUUGUCAUCUGAUUGUCAACGACAAUGGUUUCCAAAUUAUACAGAUGAUCCUCCUAUAGAUGUAAAACUUUAUCCUCGGUUAUUAUUUCCUGAGAAAUUAUCACCCGUUCAUAUUGAUUGGGUUCCAUCGGAUUUCAAUUCGAAAGUUUCUAAUGUUCAAUUAUCAAUCUAUCAAAAUAAUAAAUUAUCACCACGUCCAUCUUAUUCUCUUCUUCGUUCAACUGAUCUUCAAUCUCAUACAACAAUUUAUCAACGUUUAUCAUCUUUUUUCUCUCAUUCAGAGCAACCUAUUCAACCACCACCACCACCACCACCACCACCACCACCAUCAUCAUCAUCAUCAAAUAUAUUUUUCGAUAUGUAUACACCAACAAAACAUUUUCGUAAAAGUCAACCAGGCUCACCGGAUUAUAAUAUACAAAUAAAAAAUGGUAAUGACGAAUUUAAUUUUGAAGAAUUUUAUAAUGAACAGCAAACCAACACUUUAACAGCUGUUGUUCAUAAUGGUGAUCUUUCUUUUUAUUUAUUUAAACCGUUCGAUCCACUAGAAACAUUGCUAUGA